AUGACGAAGCAAGCGCAGGAGCAUGCGGCGGCGCGCGCUUCGCCAUCGGCCGCACGUGCUCUGCUGGCACUCCAGAUCGGCUUGCGGUUGCUGACGUUCGUGCUCAACCAAGUGCUUGUGCGCACGACGCCGCCUGCCGUGUUUGGCGCAGCGAAUGUCCAGUUGGAACUGGUGCUUAGCACGGUGCUCUCGCUCUCGCGGGACGGCGUGCGUGCCAUCAUGAUGCGGCACCGCGAGUCGCUUCGCAAACAUGGAGCCACAGGUAUGCUACACAAUCUGGCCCUUUGGCCCGUGGGACUCGGUGGUGUGCUGGCUGUGCUGGUAGGCUGGAUGUACAUGGCGUAUCUUGCUCCAACGGAUCUAUGGAUUGAAGGAGGCGCGUCCGUGUACCUGUCAGUGGUGCUGUACUGUGCGGGUGCGUGGAUCGAGCUGGCUGCUGAGCCACUUCACACGUAUGCGUUAGGACUCGAUCGCGAGUAUGUAACGAUGCGUGUCGCUAUGGAAGCGGGUGGAGUCCUGACCAAGUCGCUUGUGAAUGUGCUUCUUUUGCAACCUGCCUGUCUGGCAUGGAUGUCUCGCGUGCUCUCGCCGUACAUCCCAUUGCCGCCGACGCCUAUACCCUACGCGCUGUUGGCGUUUGCCCUAGCGCGUCUUGCGUACGGAUGUGCGGUGCUAGCGAUCGCGAUUGCGGGCGUGGCCCGAAUCUGCGGUUCAUGGCGCAAGGCUCUGAUGACGUUAGCGCCAGAAAGAGCGCCGUGGAUCGAUCGACCGAUGUUCGCAUUCUUGCGUGUAACGACGGGCCAAGCGCUUCUGAAGCUGCUGCUCACCGAAGGCGACAAGCUCGCUAUGGCACGUUGGACAUCUCUGGACGACCAAGGCGGGUAUGCACUCGCGAGCAACUAUGGCUCGCUUGUCGCACGCACAUUGUUCCAGCCCUUGGAGGAAAGCUCGCGCUUGCGCUUCUCACGCUGUGUGGAUGAGCAGCAAGACGCUGAGCAGACAGCUGCUGCAUGGGCAGAUGCGGCAGAGUUUCUGGGUGCACUGCUACAUAUGCACCUGCUCUUUGGCUUGGGGCUCGUGGCGCUUGCACCGCCGAUCUCGAGACCGUUUCUGCGGAUCGUCGCUGGAGCGCGCUGGACGCUGCCGACGUCACCGGCAGCGCGGAUCCUCGCCAGCUAUUGCUGGUAUGUGCCUGUGAUGGGUGUCAAUGGCCUCGUUGAGGCCUUUGUGCAAUCGGUGGCGCCUCCGGCUGUCCUUCAAACAUACUCGAGUGUAUUAAUGGGAUCGAGUGGGGUGUUGGUGGGUGUGUUGGGCUUGCACAAGUACGUGGCCAUGGGACUUGCCCCUCUAGGCUGGGGCGCAGAAAGUGUCAUUGUCGUUGCGAGUAUGGCGAGUCUUGGCGUGCGAGCGUACGCGUCCGCUCGAUACGUCGUUCGUGCAUUUGAGCAGCGCGCACGCAGCGCACCGUCACUCGCCGCGUAUCGUACGAGCGUGUCGGCUGUGUGUCCGCACGUGGGUGUCAUAGCCGUUCUCGGUGGGUGUGCAGCGCUUCUGCGACUCCGGUUGUCUCUUACGUCUUUUGGUACAUGCGCGUUGCUGGCGAUGCUGUGUGUAUGGCACUGGGAACGAGUCGCGUGUGUAAAUGCAUGGCGCGUGCUCCGUUAA